CUGAGCGUCAGAUAUCGCGUCAAAAGAAAACCGUGAAAAUAAAUUGAAAGUAUGAAUUUUUUUAUUUGUAUAAUAACUAAUUUUUAAAAAAUUAAGUCCAUCAAUUGAUAUUUAACAAGAUAACAAUGCCAGUACGCUUAUGAAGAAAGUCUGAAGCUAUUCAAUUCGCGGACAGAACUUCAAGUUAACAACGACAUGGAAGAAACUAAAAACGGUUUCCCAUCCAGCAUUGCCGAUCAAGACAUGGAUGUCGGUGACUGUUCCUCUGGAGAAGACGAAGGCGAAGGUGAUGAUGAGGAAGAAGACGAAGAAGAAUUAGAAGACGAAUCGAUCGAGGAAGGAGAUAGUGAAGAGGAUAUCGCAGAUGAAGAAGACACCGUUGACGAUUCGGUGUCUUUAACAUCUGAAAAUCUUAGCGAAAAUGUUAGCCCUAGACAAACGCCGACAACGCCUACUUAUGAAAAUGCAUUUACUGAAUAUCGAGAAUUAGAAUUUCCACUAUGUGAAGAAAGUAGGAGUCAAGAAACUACUACUGGGGUUGAAAGUAAACCUACUAAUAGUGAUGCAGUUGUUCCUAUGCAAAUAGAAACGAUACAAACUCCUGUGAUCAAUGCAAAUCCUAAUGAGAAGAAAUUAGCGGUCAAAUUGAAACGAUGUAAAGGGGGCAUGUACAGUUUCAAUGAAAAACGAACCGAAAGUUUCGCAUCUCCUGGUACCUCGAAUGAUAGCGACGGUGACGAUCGUAUCAAAUUACAUAAAGAAAAAUGGCCUGGUAAGGUUUGUUGCUUAUGUUAUCUUGGAGAACGCAGUCAGUUAGGACAAGGAGAAUUUCUUCGUGUUAGAAAACCAGACUCAUUUACCGAUGAAAAAUCCUCAGAACCGAGCGUUGCUCCAGUUAUUGAUCUCCCCAAAGUAUCUACCGUUGCUUCAUAUAAAUCAAAAAAAUCAGCUUCUAAGAAUAUUUUGAGCCUCUUUGAGCCGGUUGAUGAACAUAGUGCAAUAGGUCAUGCGGACAAAGUAAACAUAUCAGAUUUAUUUGAUGAAGAAGGAUAUUUGUACAUACAUUUGUAUUGUGCUUUGUUUUCUCGACAAGUUACCCGCAACUCGAAUAACGAACUGGAAAACGUUAUUCCUUACGUAGCUAAACAUUUAUCAAAAAUCUGUUCACAUUGUAAACGUUACGCAGCCAGCGUAACAUGCAGCUUUAAUAAUUGUGAUAAAACUUAUCAUUUCCCGUGUUCUGCGGCUUCUGGUGGUUUUCAGCAUUUAAAGACAUACGCAUUUAUAUGCAAUUCGCAUCUUGAUCAUAUUCCUUUACUGCCUACUUUUGGUGAAGUUUCUUGUCGAGGUUGCUUUUCGCUCGGAGAUGUGUCGAAUUUAGUGAUGUGUUCAGUUUGUGGACAGCAUUAUCACGGCUUGUGCCUUCCUCUUUCCUUGUUACCAGGAGUAAGAACCGGAUGGCAGUGUUCCGAGUGUAGAUCUUGUCAAAUAUGCCGCGGUCCAGGUGACUCGUCCAAGGUGAUGUUGUGUGAAACAUGUGACAAAGGUUAUCAUGCCACGUGUCUUCGUCCGGUAUUGACCAGUAUUCCUAAAAUUGGCUGGAAAUGCAAAAGUUGCCGCGUAUGCAGUGAUUGUGGAUCGCGUACUCCUGGUGCUGGAUUUUCAUCUCGGUGGCAUUGCCAUUAUACCGUUUGUGACUCUUGUUAUCAGCAAAGAAACAAAGGAUUUUCAUGUCCGCUCUGUCAUCGUGCUUACAGAGCCGGGUCGUCUAAAGAAAUGGCUCAAUGUACUUCGUGUCGAAAGUUCGUUCAUCGUACUUGUGAUUCAGAAGCGGAUCCGGUAACACUUCAAAAGAAAUUAGAAAUGAUACCGGAUUAUCAAUACGUUUGCCCUACUUGUAAGAAUAUGAGUCAGUAUGGCAGAUUGGCUUUGAAACGUAAAGAAAGUUUCGACGAUAGCAGUUUGGAUUUGAAUACAAGUGCUUCUCAAGAAUCGCUCACUUCUGAUGAUAUGGAUAAUGAUUUCGGUGACAAAGACGAUUACAAAUUUUCCGGAGGUAUUGGACUUGGCAAAGGAAAACCAUUUACUGCUCGGAAGAAAAUGGCGUUAGGUUCGCUAAAAGGCUUCAAAUCCAAAUAUGCUGGUAAAGCUGCCAUUUGUGGACCUGCGUACCAGAAAAAGAGCCAAAAGUUGACCGAAUUCGGUCGGAAACGAUGCACAAAAUCUAAAAUGAGAGGCGUAUUUGGUGCUCCUGGUUUAGGAUUACAGAGACCUGUAAACGAUUCGCAGAGUAAAUCGGACAGUGAUAAUGGAGAGAAUAAAAUCAUUUUGUGUUCUACCAACGAUAAAUUUGUACUUUCGCAAGACGUAUGUGCUAUGUGUGGUGCUCUGGGUACCGAUCAAGAAGGAUGUUUGAUUUCUUGCGUGCAGUGCGGGCAAUGUUAUCACCCUUAUUGCGUUAAUAUUAAGGUAACGAAAGUUAUCCUUCAGAAAGGAUGGAGAUGCUUGGAUUGCACUGUGUGCGAAGGUUGUGGUCAACGUAAUGACGAAUCGAGACUCAUAUUAUGCGACGAUUGUGAUAUAUCAUAUCAUAUUUACUGUAUGGAACCGAAAUUGGAUUACGUUCCUCGCGGUACUUGGAAAUGUAAAUGGUGUGCUCAAUGUUUAACCUGCGGAUCAAACGAGCCAGGAUUGAAUUGUUCGUGGUUAAAGAAUUACACCGAAUGCGGACCUUGCGCAUCCCGUUUAACAUGCCCUUCGUGCCAGCAAUCGUAUUCCGACGGUGAUCUCAUUAUUAAAUGCGAUAAUUGCGAAAGAUGGUUGCAUGGUUUGUGCGAUCAAAUCAAAAACGAACAAGAUGCGGAAAAAUGUGCCGAAGAAGGAUACACGUGUUUAAUAUGUCGUCCAAAGGAUACUCUACCGGCGCAUUUGGCCAUUACGCCUCCAACUCCACCAGCUUGUAGUACUCCUAAGUUGAAAAUAAAACCGCUCUCUCCUAUCCAAACACCUGAAUCAGUCUCUAAAGAAGAAACUGACCAUUUGGUGGAUGGGGUUUGUUUAUCAGAAAACGGAUUUUUUUACUUGAACAAUUUACUCACCGGUUUCGAUACCAGCGUUUGUAGUUUACGAAAGAAGAAGCGUGCUGGAAACGCCGAUCAAGGAAUGGAUCAGGGAAUUAUCGAUUGUAUCGAGUCGGUUAUCGCGGCAGGUGUACAAGGUGAAAGUCCUUCUAGUUCUAAUUCCAUAAUUUACAAAGAUGGCAUGAUUAUUGAACCGAGAGAGGAUGGGAAACCGCCGGAUCCUCCGGAAGGAUUUAAUAUACACACCAGCGAGUCCGGAGUGAUGACGUUGAAAAAGAAACGUAUCCGUAAAAUAGGCGUCGGAGGAUUUAAUGUAAGAAAUAGAACCGUUAAAAAAGAUAAAGGUGAUGAUGACGGCGAAGGUAACGAAGAAGCUUCUUCUUCGGGUUCCAUAAUGUCAUCAGCCGAUGAAAAACCACGUAAAAAGAGCAGAUACAGGAAACCUAAAAAUAAAUACGCCGAAAGUUACCCUUCGUAUAUUCAGGAUGCAUUUUUCGGCCGAGAUUUACUCGAUAAUCCUAAAGACGGCAAUCAAGACAUGGAAAGUAGUGAAUCAGAACCCGAAGUAGUUUUCACAACCCGUCGAAUUACUGUUUCGGAGACAGUCACGUUAUCUCAGGACGAAUUAAAGAUUAUGGAGGAAGCUAAAGCCAGACAGGAAGUACUGGAAGAAGCGAGGAAAAAAGAAGAAGCCGAAGCUGUCAAAGCGGAAUCAAGUAUCAAGAUUGAAAAUGAAGAAAGAGAUGAAAAACCAGCUGACGAAUCGACAAGUGGUGAAAAUGAGAACGAAACAUUCAAAGAUAUUUUAGAUAUACCCGGUAAUCUGUUGGAUACGUUCAUGAACGAUGGCGAAUCCAACGUCAAACCGAAUACUUCGUUGAUAGAUGAUUCCAGCAUGGCUAGCGAUUCGGACGUUAAUAACGACGCGAAUUGUAGUCAAAAAGAUGAAUUUACCGAUAUCCUGGGACCGAAUUUCAGUCUCGAAUCGAUGGUCCACGAAACAGGAUUACCGAACAUGGAUAGUAAAGACGUGGAAGAAAUAUUCAAAGGUGUGUUGACUGACGAAUCGCAAGAUUCUCACGAUGCUGUCAUGCCGGAUACGCCUACCAAUGGAUCAGUUUCAUCGAGUUCUUUCUCAAUGAACCAUUCCAACGUGAGCGCCAAUCAAUCGGUGGUUGCAAAUCAGCAACAGGGAGUGAUAAUGUCUCAAGGACCGCCAGCUAUGUCGCCCUCGCAUUCCGUUAUUCAAGGUAACUUGAACAUGACCCCGAAUCGUAAUGUACCACCGGCUCAACCUCAAGUACUGCCAUCGCAACAAAGUAUCCCAUCGCCAGCAACAUAUCCUGCCACAUCGCCAUAUCACUCGGAAUACAGCAAUAGUCCAUCUCAAUUCAGUCCGGCGUUUUCGGAACCUCCUAGUCCGUGGGUUCAAGAAGAUAACGGUGCUGUGGAUAAUGUAAACGCAAUUUCAGCGUCAGCGACGCAAAAUCAAAGAAAUUCGCGUAAAUUUGAAAUGGACGAGACUUUAGGAGACAAAGCAACAAUUUCAUCCAUAUUAUACGCGAAUCUUAAACACCCCGAAUUGAAAACAGAUUAUCCAGUAUGGAGCGACAGAUGGAGACAAAUUAUGAAAAAAUGGAGAGCGCUUUCGAGCGACGUCAAGGCUCCGUUUUUAAGUCAAGCUAGAGAAAAUAGAGCUAAUUUUAUGCGUGUGAAGAAAAACCAUCAGAUUUCGAAAAACGACACCUCUUCGUCGGGUAGCGGCGGCGAAAUGAACGGUAAUGUUGACUCAUCAGAAUCUACGUCUGCUGCUGCCGGUGGUAACGGUGGCCCUUCUAGCAACGCCUCAUCGUCGAAUAAUCACAUAUUAUCAGAUUUAUCGAACGCCGAAUCGAUGUCUAAAGUUUGCCAAGACGAUCUAUUCCAACCUCUGUUGAACGCUUUGUCAGCGGAUAACCUGCCGCUGAAUUCGGAUGUACAGAUGAAUUCGGACGAUCAUCCGGUUCGAAUCAUCUCGAGCAGUCCUUCCACUCAGUCGUGUAACUCGCCAGAUAAUCAAAACCUAAUAUCAACCGGAUCGAAUACAUCGCCUCCAUUUACCAAUGCGGAAUGUCCUAUUAGCGAAGUGGAUUCGGUGAUUUCGCAAGAUAUCACUUCACCUAUAUCGAUAUUGAACACCAGCGGUCAAUCGGACGAUGUCGUAGAGAACACUAUUAGCCAGCAAACGGUGACUACAACUAUACCUUCGCAUCCGUCUACCAUUCAGUACAUACCUAUCAUUCAAACACCUAUUACUCAAUCUGAAAACGCACCUAUGAACGUGCGAACGGUUCAUUUGAUCUCGGCGACUGUUGCCCCGCAAUCGGACGCCGGAACUACUUCGGUGGAUACCAGUGGCGCCACGACCGGUCGUACAUCUACCAUACAUUAUCAAUACGUACCGACGAUGCAGCAGAACCGAAACACCAUUCAUUAUCCACCGAGUAAUAUACAAAUCAUUCAUUCCGGUGGUUCAUCUUUGAUCAUGAGCUCGAAUUCUCUGAUAACGGCUGCCCUUCAAUCAGUGAACGCUGCGGCGGCCGCUGCUGCCGAAUCUAACACGAAUGCAACCGGCGCUACGAGUAAUUUCCUGCAAAUUAUACCGUCCGGCGCACAGCAACAGCAACAACAGCAGCAGCAGAAUCCGACGGUCGUUCGUAACAUUCAAGUGAUGUCGCUGGCAUCUGAAGAACAAACCGAUACGAUAUCAAACGAUGGUCUGAACUCGGAUAAUAUAUCGGAUCAGAAUAUAAGGGUUUUGACUCCGUCGGAAAUCAUGAAAACUUUACCAUCUCUGGGACAGGAGUCGUUCGACAAUGCUUCCAGCACGGAACAAGAGAAAACUGUUCCGCCUGCGCAGAAGAAUAAAGAACUGGAACAAGAAAAACACUGGAAACAGAUGCAAGCUUACAGGCAACAACAAGCGACGCAGCAGCAACAAAUACACGAUUCUCGAGUGCAACCUUUACAACGACUUCAGCAGCAGCCACAACAACAACAACAGCAGCAGCAGCAACAACAACAACAACAGCAGCAACCCCAACCACCAGUGCCACCUCCACCAUCUCAACCUACUCAGUUACGACAAAUGACGAGUAACGCUCCCGAUAAUUCUGGUCCUGUUUUCACCACUGGACCAAUUAUGGAUAAUAAGCCACAAUUACAAAUAUCCACGUCUCCGGAUGCGUCAGCAGCACCUUCGCUAACAUCUCCGGGUAGAGUCCCUCAACGUACAUUCCAAUCAGCCGUGCUGAAAGUACAAACAUCUCAUCUUGGUCAGACAUAUCAACGCGUACAGGGAGACGUAUUUACUCCACCUAAUACUCCUCGGCAGCAAUUCUAUAUCACAUCUACGCCGCAACAAAAUUCUCAAUUACCUGUUAAUAAUCCGAAUAUUAGACAACGUACUCCGGAAAAUGAUCUCUUCACCGUGGUCAAUUCUAGUCCCGAAAUGACUCGACAGCUCAGGGAGUUGCUACAAAAACAACAAAUCGAUCCAUCAGGAACAAACGAUCAGCAGCCUAAUCAGACGAGGAUUUGGGUGCAAGCAGAUUCGUCAAAUCAGCAACAAAUUACUAACGAUGCUAAUAAUGCUUCUCAAGAUCAGUUGAAUGUGCAAGGAUCGGCGAGCAUUCAAAAUGCCAUGUUUGAUAAUACUCAGCAAGUGAAUAAUAUACAGCAGACGUUCCGGCAGCCUUUACCGCCAUCUCAUGUACGACCUCCGCAAAGAUUGCCAUUCCAGAUUACUCAACAAAUGCUGAUCAGGCAAAAGAUACCGCAGCAAAUGAUCGAUCCUCGUUUACGAUUAUUUAUACAACAGCAACAUCAGCAGCAAGUGCAACAGCAACAACUACAACAACAACAGCAGCAGCAGCAAGUACAAGUACAGGUGCAACAGCAGGUACAAGUACAACAGCAGCAGCAGCAGCAACAACAACAACAGCAGCAUCAGCAAAUGCUGCAACAACAACAACAACAACAACAACAAGAACAACAUCAACAGCAAUUGCAGCAGCAGCAACAACAUCAGCAGCAGCAGCAGCAGCAACAACAACAACAACAACAAAACGUCGUUCAGCAACAAGUAUUGCAGCAACAGCUACAACAGCAAUUCCAACAACAACAACAACAACAACAACAGCAGCAGCAGCAAAUGCAAUCUCAGCAAAUGCCUGCCCAGCAAAUGCAUAUUGUGGCUUCAACCUCAAACCAUCUCAUGGUACCGCCUCAGUCUCCUUCUCAACAACCAAAAUCGUCUCUGCAUAAUAUGGACGCGCAGUUGAGCGAACAAGCUCAAAAUAUUUUGACUGGUAACGCUGUGAAGGAUGAAUUUCCUCAGUUUACUCCGAGAGAAGAUACCAUGAAUGUUUCUAACGAUGUACAGAAUUCGUCAGAUAAACAUAUCGACUCUCAGCAUCUUCUCAAUGAAAGAACAGAUACUCAACACGAAGGUAUUCCUGAGAGCGUGACUGCUGAUUUAGACGAGUUGGAACGCGAAGGUGUCGUGCCUGGUGGUAUGUCAGAAAUGACUGCUCUGUUCGGGGACUUGAUCGAGGAUGAAUUAUUGGCUGAAAUGGGAGCCGGUUUUAAUAUCCUGGAAUAUACUGAUCCGGAAUUAGAUAGUUUCACUUCCGGGGAGAAGACAAACAUUUUGUACGAUUUAGUCAACAGCACCUCGGAUGGGACAAAAAUAAAGGAAGAGGAAGAUUUGGAUACAAAAACAGAAAUUAAAUCGGAAGAAAUGUCCGACUCGCAUAGAGUUAAUGAUGAUACUAUUCUGAAAUUGGAAAAUGAACCUGAUAGAAAUAUGGACUCACAUCAGGAUAUUCAAAUGCAGCUGCAACAUUCUGAAGAUACUAAUCAACACAUUCAACCUCAGCAGCAGCAACAACAACAACAUCAUGUUUUACAGUUACAACGAGUGAAUAUGCGCGAUGGCGUCACUAAUCAUUUAAUGUCCGUGGGUAAUCAAAGUCAGCAACUGAUUUCACCCAAUACACAGAUAGCGGCGCCUGCAACACCUAGACCUCAAUCCGCUGCCACCUCAUCAGGUUCAUCCCCAUUGCAACCCAUGCCUUCAACUCCUCAUCCGGAUAUUUCAGCGCAGUCUCCAGUCAAUGAAAUGCCGGUUAUUACACCGCCUCCUCCGCCGCCAUAUCCAGGCCCACCGCCGCCUUAUCCUUCACAACUUAAGCAACAAUUAGUGCCUCAGCAGAUGCAUCAUUUAAGUGGUUCCUCUGCUCCAAACAUGGUUGCCACGAAUGGUGCGCCGGUUAACAAAUUAGUUCAUCAUGCGCAGAUUCCGGCCGCCAUGCCGCAGAUGCCAAGAAGACCACUUUUACUGCAGGAACAACCUCUUCUUCUUGAAGAGCUUUUAGAACAAGAAAAAAGAGAACAAGAGAAGCAGAACAUGUCACCCGGAAAUAACCUGAGCACCGCUUUGCCUCCUUUGAGCCUAAGUGAUGCUGAUUUCGAGAGAUUGAGAGCCGAUGUACUUAGUUCUUCAGGCAUUAAUGGGUCUACUCAACCGAUGCUAUCACCCCAAGGUCAAGGAAUACAGCAACAAAACAUGAUUCAAGCUGGCACUGCUGUUCAAAGUAAUGUUAAACCUAGCCCUGCCGGAAAUGUCUUUGAUAUGCCGCAGCAACAAAUGUGGCAGCAGCCUGUCGCUAUUGUACAACCUUCGAAAGCAUCCCCGAUUCAAGUCAAUAACAGUCCUGGUAGACCAGAAAUUGCUCACCGAACUCCUGUAUUUAACGCUUUAUCACAACCUCCAGAACCUCCGGAGAAAAUAGUCACUGAUCAAGAUCGUCAAAUGCAACAAGUAUAUGAACAAUGGUUAGAUCAACAGAACACCAUCGUAACAGAACAACUCAAACACUAUGAGGGAGAGAUUUCGAAAUUACGAAAAAUAAGAAAGUCAUUGAACAGCAAACAGCGUGCUUUGAAAAAACAAGGUAAUGAAUUGGUUGAUCGUGACCAGAAUGAAUUGAAACGCGUCACUGCUGAAAUGGCCUCUCUCCAGAAACAAGUAGAUAGCAGUCGUAAACAAGCGAAGCAACAUGCUACAAUCAUGCAGGAAUAUAAAAACAAACAUCCGAAUUACAAUUUCUCUGCGAAUAACGUUGGUUCUCCAGCAGCAUCCGCGUCAAACGCUGCUCCUAUGAAUGUGGUAACUUCGGCUACAAUGUCUACUUCGAAUGUGUCUCCUAACGUCAUGAUUAGCAACGCUGGUCACCAGAAAAUACUUACAUCAGUGGCAGCGUCGGUGAACAGAUCAACACCAACUACCAUAAUUACUCAAGCCCAAGGUGAAAAGAUAUCAUUCAUUAGUAGUACAAGUCAAGAAACUCAACAAACAACGAUGCAGGCCCCUAUUACUGUAACUUCGCAAAUUCGAGCUACUGGUAUUCGACCCGGUGAACAUAUCAUUAGGUACUCCAGUGGUCAACCUGUCAGGUUUGUUCAAUCUGUUAGGCCUCGAACUGGAAACUUGGUUACAUUCCAAGUACCAGCCGAUAGCGUUCGACAAUCGGGUGUCUCUACGAUUUAUCAAGGUAUUAGAAAUACAUUCAAAACACAACCAUUAAUCGUGUCCACGGUUUCGGCUUCACCAUCUGGGAAUAUCAUCACAUCGACAACAAACAUGCAGCCGCCAGGAAAUACAUUCCAAGCAGUUGCCCCUGGACAAACGAAAGAAAUCAGAUUCCAACAAUUGACUCCAGAGCAAAGAAUGCUCAUUCAGAGACAUCAAGUUCUUCAGAGACCAGCCACUGCUGUUGCCGGAUUGUCGCAGCAAGCUGCUGAAGCUAACGCCUUUCUGGCUUCCAGACAGAAGAAAAUUGUCCAACACAAAGCGCUGUCCGCUCAGCUGAAUCAAAUACAACAACAAUUGGAUUCUACAAGUUUGUCACCUAAUGAUAGACAACAGCUAUCGCAACAGGAAAAUGGCCUUAUAUUGCAGAUCAAAGAUUUAGCGUCGUCGUUGCAGUUAUCGCCGCAGCAAAGAACUUGGCUUAUGAAUGCUCAAAAGCAGCAAUCGCUGUUGCAACAGCAAAAAAAUCAACAAAUGCUCACUCAACAGAAGCAAGAACUUCAAGGUGAUCAAAAUCAACAGCAAUUACAGCAGCAGCAUAUAAUACAAGUUCAACAGCCACAAAAUCAGUUGCAACAACAAAUACAGCAGCUACAACAGCAACAACAACAAAAUCAAUUGCAACACCAACAAUUACAGCAGCAACAGCAGUUACAGCAGCAACAAAUCCAACAACAGAAUCAAAUGCAACAACAGCAGCAGCAGCAGCAACAACAAAUUCAACAACAGCAGCAGCAACAACAAAUUCAACAACAACAGCAGCAGCAGCAGCAGCAACAACAACAAAUUCAACAACAGAAUCAAUUGCAACAACAACACCAGCAGCAGCAACAACAGCAACUUCAGCAACAGCAGCAGCAGCAACAACAGUUGCAGCAGCAUCAGCAACACCAAUUGCAACAAUUGCAACAACAGCAACCGUUCCAGCAGCAGCAACAGCAACAUUUGCAACAGCAUCACCAACAACAGCAACAGCAGUUGCAACAACAUCAGCAGCAACAACAACAGCAUUUGCAACAACAAUUCCAGCAGCAACAAAAGCAAAUACAACUUACGCAGAAUGUGCUGAAUCAGCAAUUGAAUCAAGUUUUGGUCCCAACGUCCACGUUGCAGAUGCAGCAACAACAACAGCAAAAACUGCCACCCAGAAGUCCGGUUAACCAGCAGCUGAAUCAGUUGCUGGCUGCUUCUCCUCAGCAACAAUACAAUCAACAGAUGAAUUCGCCAUUACAACCGCAGAGUCCGCAGCAAUUUUCAAAUUCAUCCGGACCUCCUCAAAGUCCGAUGAUUAUCAAUCAACAGCAGCAGCAGCAGCAACAACCUCAACAGCAGCAGCCGGUACAGUCUCCGAUUAUGCAUCAAAACGCUAAUAAUAACUACGCGCGUCAAUCGUCAAAUUCGCCUGCUCCUCCGCAAAGUCCGCGAAUUCAGCAGUUUGCUCAGCCUGUGUCUCCUGCUACGCCGCAAAGUCCUUUGGUUCAGUCUCAUUCAUACAGUUUGCAUUCUGGACCUCCUUCGGUGCAGUCACACUAUAAUCAACCGCCGAGUUCGCCGAUGCCUUCGCAUAGUCCUCGUCACGUUUCUCAAUUCGUUCAUCCGUCGAGUUCGCCGGCUCCGCCGCAAAGUCCAAUUUAUACGUCGCAAGCACAAUACGUCUCGCAUACCAAUAGUCCUAUCCCAGCAAGGAGUCCUGUGUUGAUUCGCAGACCAAGUAGCACCGAAUCUCAAAUGCAGCAGGAUGCUCAGAAUGAUAUGCAUUCGCAAAUGCAACAGCAGCAGCAGUUUACUCAAGAUUCGUACGGCAGAGGUGUGAAUCAGCGUAAUGAUAACGACUCCAGUGGCGGUGGCAGCGGUGGUGGUAUGAGUUUUGUUAACAGUAUCCCUGUUCCAGAAGAGUUCAAAAGACUCGGAAUUAAACCAGGACUCUUGGGAGGUUCACCUAAUCACGCCAUAAAAUCUGAAACCGCCGUUCAUCGAAUAUUGCCUAAAGAUUUUGAUAAAUUUGGUAUCAAACCCGGCCUUCUUGGCGGAUCACCAACUUGGAAUGAAAAUUCAGCUGCCAAAGUGGCCGAUAAUGGCACUAAAUCUUCGACUACGGAAGAAAACUCGCCUAUUCAAGCGUCUAGCGUAGGUUCAUCCGAUUCGCAGCAACAACAACAGUUCUCAUCUGCGAUGGAAGAAGACGCGGAUGCUAAUUCGUCGAUUUUAUCGUUUCACGGUACAUUGUGCUCGAAACCAAAAUCACCCGAAGAUUUUGAAGCGAAUGAUGAAUAUUGCUCGAAAAUAACCGACGAUAAUAUGGAAGAAUUACCUAUGUACAAGGAUGUUCCUCUGACUGAGAGUUGUAAAACAGUGGAAAAUAAUUCCGAAGAUAGUCUAGAAUUGCCUUUGUAUAAAGAUGUCGCUAUGAUAGAUUAUAAAAGCGAAGAAAACAGCAAUCUGGGUGAUUUUCCGACAGCUAUGGAGGAUCCCGAGAUAUCUAUACCUUUGGAUAUGGAAACGAACGAGUUGCAUUUGACUUUGGAAUCGCCGGCGGAUGUUCGAAGCGACGAUCUACUAAAUGAUUGUUUGGUCAAUGCAGACGAAUUAAUGGUAUUAAGUGAAAAUCACGACAAUGAAGGUAUCAUAGAAGAUGUCAAAUUUACUCCUAUUACCGAAACUGCUGAUCAAAAUUUGGCAUUCAGAACGACUUCGGUAGUACAGACGAUCGCUGCAGUUUCAUGCGUCGCCGAAACUUCGAGUGAAUGUGAAAAGGUAGAUCACGCUGUCGUACCUACGCACGCAUUCCAUUCUUAUGCGAAAAGUAUUAAAAAAGAACAAAACGACGAGGAUGAUGUCGCAGAACAAGAACCAGUUUCUUCGGAAAACGCUAACUCAGCGAUGGCGACGGAAGAAGAAGACCAGCCGAAAAAUGUGGCGGAACCGGAAGUGGAAAAAGUCGCUGAAACAAAAGCCAUCGUGUCUGUGGUUACCAGCGUACCUGCUAGAACGACGUCUGUGUUGUUGCAUAGCUCGAAUUUCAAGGAGACUGGAGCCACGUUUACCAAUAGUUUUCAUUCUUACGUGAAGAAAUUACCGAAACCGGAUGAUGCGCCUGUGGCCGCUGCUGAGGCUGAGGCGACUGCGGAGCCAAAUAAUGAAAAAAGUAAUACCGUUUUUGACGACGCGAAAAUCAUCAAAGUGGAAAAAAUACCCGAAGAGAGUCAAACUCAAUCUGUCAUCGCUAGAGGUGGUAAAAUCAUCACAACUAGCAGUAAAAUUAAAAUAAUCAAGGAAAAUAACGCCUCUCCGGCGCCAGCAUCGACAUCGGUUCCAUCAUCGUCGUCGCAAACUCCGCAUUUAAUUCCGGUCAGAAUAAAACCGAGCGAAGAUUCGCAGAAUGUGUUAUUAAAACAAUUAUUACAAAAUUCUGGUAACACUAGUGUUACCCAUUCGACUAUGACUCAACAUGUAGCUAAACCGCUGCCAUCGCCAAGCUAUCGAUCACCGCCCAGAGCAGAAUUACCGACCAUUGUUGCUUCAAGUUCGACCGAAGCGACUCAUGCUCAAGAUCCGAUUAAGAAAAAUGAUACGGUGCUUUUACAAACUCUUGUUAUCAAACAAGAAAAUGUUAGCAGUGCAAAAAAAGACUCGUUACCUACAAACUCAUCAUCGCCUGGAAAAAUCGCCCCAGUUGCGAUGACUCCGGUUCACGUGGAGAUCAAAAAAGAACCAAAUGACGAUAUUUCUCCUGGUCCUUCUAAAAUGUCUGACGCAGGCGAUACACCUAAUUCAGUCAGCGGCGAGUCGUCGUGCAGUUCUAUUUUGGAUGCUCAAGAUUUGAAAAAAUUGAAACGAAGACAAUAUCAAGCGAAGCGACGCCAGAGUCAAAGUAAAGAACCCAAUUCGACCAUCUCUAAAAAACGCAUUCGUAAAGCUCCUAAAAUGGACGAAGAUUACGACUCGUUUGUUGAUUCAUUGAUGACAGAAUUACGUCAAUUGCCUCCUCUACCGAUCACACAACCUCUUCUGAUUCAAACCUACUCGGCUGGGUUACCUUACGGCGCCGGAGAUGGCACUAAGAUUAAUGCGAAAAAUUGGGCAAAUGGUGAUUUGAUGCUGAUGAACGACAACCUGUGUGUUCCUGGACACGAUAAUUAUUAUAAUACCGAACCUUUUGGAGACAUUGAACCUCGAGAUCCUUUCGAAUUGCCUCCUAAUGCUCGAGGUUUUUAUAACGAAGAAUUCUCACCGUUGAAUUUAGAAGCCGACUACGAAGAUAGACGUCUUGAACAAGCUCGUUUCGAUCGUGAACUUGAUACGCCUGAUUCGGUUAUCAGCUCGUCGUCACCGGAGUGCAUCAUACCACGAGUUCCUCCUCGAUUUGCUGGUUUACGACUCAUUGCCGAAGACGGCAGCGAAGUAGAUUCGGAAGAAGAUGAAAAGUUGCAAAGAGGCAUUUCACCGUUGAUUCCCUUAAUAGCUCCGUUGGCUCUUCGGCCACGAGUCCAAUAUCAUCUUGAAAAUGAAAAGGAUAGUAUCACGAUGGUGUUCUCGAAAACGAAAAAUCAAUCGAAUUGGCAAUCUAAGGAUACGGAAAAUUUAUCUGUUACUUUGACCUUGAAUUCACAAGCUGCUCAAGAUAUCGUUGGCGUUCUUAAAAACUUGGCCAGUGUUUUGAAUAUACCUCCUCCGGCGACUUACAAAAUCACCGAACGUGUACCAACUCCUAAUAAAAUGAAUCCUUUCGGCGAUAAAUCGAACGAUAACGUAGAAAGUGUCGAAGCUCAGAAAUAUUUUAACGGUGUUGCUAAAUUCUGCACACAAUGCAAAGUACAAGUUACAGAAAGUUCUUCAGUCGUGAAGAAGGCGUCAGAAUUGCCAUUCUUGGUGCAAGAUGGCGUAUCGCAAGAUUUGCUAUUUUGCAGCACUUCGUGUUACUUGCAGAUGAUUCUUUUACAUCCGCCUGUUUUAUCGGAACAUAAAGUGUCUUCAUCGGAUGAUGUUUAUUUGGACGAAUCACCUCGCAAGAAGAUCAAAUUGGAAGAGUCUAGCGAUUUGAAUGAUACAUUUGAAGCAGAUUUUUUAAAAUUGAACGACUCGUCUCAGGAUAUUACCGAAUCAGAAAAUUCUAACGUUGUGGAAAAUGACGUGAAAAUGGAGCAGCCAGUACCAGAAAAGAAAUCAACGAAAGGUAUAAAGUACCAAAUUUGGAAUUCAAAUUCCAUUCCAUCGUCCGCUCAAAAGUAUAAAAAACCAUCAGAAAAGGAAAUUAUGCAGACUCUAUUCAGAAUGGGUAUUACGUUAAUGCCACCUAAAAUGCCAGACGACGAACGCACUUGUAUAUUUUGUCAUCAAAUUGGCGACGCUGUUGCGGAUGGUCCUUCAAGGCUAUUAAAUUACGAUGUGGACAAAUGGGCUCAUUUGAACUGCUCUUUAUGGUCUGACGGUGUUUACGAGACCGUAAAUGGUGCCUUGAUGAACGUAAACGUUGCUUUGCAACAGGGUAUGAAUGUAACGUGCUCCUACUGUCAUCGUAACGGAGCCACUUUGAAAUGUUUCAAAUUGAGGUGCUCUUCCGUUUACCAUUUAUCUUGCGCUGUAAAAGACGAAUGCGUUUUCUAUAAAAACAAAUCGGUUUAUUGCAAUAUUCACGUUCCGAAAGGAGAAAAAGAUAGCGAACUGACCACGUUGGCAGUUUACCGAAGAGUGUACAUAGAUCGAGAUGAAAAUACACAAAUAGCGUCGAUCGUUCAGCACGCCGAACUUACUCAUUCGAUGCGUAUCGGAACGUUGAUAUUCGUAAACGUUGGACAAAUUUUACCCCAUCAAUUACAAGAGUUCCAUACCGCCAACUAUAUUUAUCCUGUAGGCUAUAAAGCGAUUCGAUUUUACUGGAGUAUGCGUGUUUUUAAUAAACGUUGCCAAUACAUAUGCUCGAUUCAUGAUGUCGCUGGCCGACCAGAGUUCAGAGUUUUGGUACAAGAAUCCGGUCAAGAUGAUUUGGAGUUGAGAGGAGCUUCUCCCAAAGCUGUCUGGACUCGUAUUCUCGAACCGUUGGUAGCCUUACGGAAAGAAAACGAAAGUGUCCAACUUUAUCCCAAGUACGUUUGUGGAGAAGAUUUAUUUGGAUUGACUGAGCCGGCUAUUGUACGAAUAUUGGAAAGUUUACCAGGCAUCGAAACGUUGAGCGAUUAUCGUUUCAAAUAUGGGAAAAAUCCGUUGCUAGAGUUACCAUUAGCAGUUAAUCCGAGCGGGUGUGCUAGAUGCGAGCCGAAAAUACGCGGCCAGUUAGUCAAACGUGGUUUCACUCAAAGGACUAGUUCCAUCAUGCCUAGACCGGUUUUGACAUCGUCACCUCUGUUCACCGGUGAUCUGUCGUGUCCUUAUUCUAAACACUUCGUGCAUUCUAAAUCUUCGCAGUAUAAAAAAAUGAAACAAGAAUGGAGAAACUAUGUGUAUUUGGCGAGAUCCAAAAUCGCUGGUUUGGGUCUUUACGCUGCCAGAGAUAUCGAUAAGCAUACAAUGGUCAUCGAAUAUAUUGGAGAAAUUAUCAGAUCCCAGCUAUCCGAUUUUAGAGAAAAACAAUACGAAGCUAAAAAUCGUGGCGUUUAUAUGUUCCGUUUGGAUGAAAAUCGUGUCGUUGACGCUACAAUUUGCGGUGGUUUGGCGAGAUACAUUAAUCAUUCCUGUAAUCCGAACUGUGUCACUGAAAAAGUCGAAGUAGAUCGAGAAUAUCGUAUAAUUAUAUUUUCCAAAAGAAGGAUUGCUCGCGCCGAAGAACUUUCGUACGAUUAUCAAUUCGAUAUCGAAGACGAUCUGCAUAAAAUACCGUGUUUAUGCGGCGCUUCUAAUUGCAAGAAAUGGAUGAAUUAGAAAAUGCCCUACUUUCGCAGCAUUUAAAUAGUACAAAUUUGUUAUUUAUUAUGUAGCUGGUUUUUCGAAAAUUAUAUACGAGUGAACUGGGUUCAAGAUGUCGCAUAUAUUCCGAAUUAUUUUAGCAAGUAAUUUUCUUUCUUUCUUUUCUUCUUUUUUUAUUGUAUACGUACGUUUAGUAAGUGGCGCAUUUUUAUUUGUAAAUUCGACGCACCGAUGACUUUCCCACUUGCUUAGUUUGCAGUAUUUCUGUAUCAUUAUCGAGGGCGUCUUGACCAAUGUUACUCUGUCUGUUUAGUUAAAUGUUGUUUUUCUUUCCUUUUUUCUUUUUCUUUUUUUCUUCUCUCAAAAUUAAGACGUACACUAUGACGAAUUAUAGCUGCAUUAGGCAGCAGUCUAGUCAACGAUUUUAUUUUUUAUUUCGCGAGUUAUGAUCUCUUUAAUGAAUAUUGAAUACUAUGUGUAUUAAUUUUUCGUUGUUUCACGUACCGUUAUUUUUGUGUGAAUUUUUUUUCUCUUUCUCUCUCUCUAGUAUUUAUUUAUUUUUUUGUGUUUUUACUCGUUUCUUUCUUAUGUCCGAGUGGCUUUCAUUUUUAAAACGAUUAGUUAAUUUUCAUGGCAUCUACGAUGUACUUCUAAGUGUUUUGUUGAUUACUUAAAAAAUAUUUAUUCUUUAGGUUUUUAAACAGAGACUCGAGAAUGCAAAUGUUUUGUUUUCGUUUACCUAUCUUCUUUUUUUCUCCGUUAAUUUUUACUUAUUGCAAGCAAUACAGGUUUUUAAAUCAGUUGGCCGAUUAUCGUAUUAUCAAUGAUUGACUAGAACGUUUCUUUUUGUUAUUCUUGACUCUAGAACUGUGAUUUAUUUAUUUUUUCCCUUUAUCCCUUUCUUUUUUUCCUCUCUCUUGACUUCUUGCAUCCAGAUCAGGGUAAACUAUACGUUUUGUUGUAUAUUAACGAAUUUUAUUUAUUAUGUAUUAUUAAUAUGUUAAAUUAAAUGUAUGUUUUCGAUAAGUGUAAAAAAAAUGUUUCGAUUUUCAAGUUGCAAUAUUAUUUUUAAAAUUAUUCAUUUUAAACAGUGUAGUAGUCAUUGUUUACUUGCAUUUUUUUUUCUUAUCCAAUUUUAUCAUUAGAAUAAUAAUAUCAUUGUUUCGACGA